AUGGAGAAACCUCCUUCAAUAGGAGACGAAAAAGCUAAGAAACGGGCAAAAGAACAGAAUGCUAUGUUACAGAAAAAACAAGAGGAAGAUAAGGCAAGGUUGGAGAAUUUUCGAGUUAAGAUGCAGAAGCAGAUCCACACUUUCAUCACAGAUGGAGCCCAACAGAAACACAAAUUGGAACCAAUGGAUAAAGUAUACAGAGCAAUUGUACAUGAAGUAGCUGACGUUGCCGGUUUAACAUCAUUCUCUUUUGGUCAAGAAGAAGAAGAUCGUUAUGUUAUGCUAUGGAAAAAGGAAUUUGCACCUUCAGAUGAAGAAUUAUUGGCUUAUCGACGAGGUGAAGAGUGGGACCCAGAGAAAGCAAAAGAACUUGCCAAACAGAAGGAAUUUGACUCUCAGACUGAAAGUAAUCCUUUGAAACGUAAAGCUUCAGAAGCAGCUCCUACGUUUGACUACAAGGAAAAAUAUAAACAUCUGAUUGGAGAAGAAGCAGCAAAAGAUGCAGCUAAACAGACAACAGCCAACAAAUCUUAUGGUUUUGUACCAAGUGAAAACAAACGUGACUCCCGAACAAUUGAGCAGGUCUUGGCUGAUUCCAGAGCCAAGAAACAGAAAAAAUCAGAUGAUGGGUCUGCAGGGCCAACAGAUAUACAGGAUUCACCACCAUCUUUGAAUCUGGCUUCGGAAAAUGUCUAG